CGAUUCGAGUUUACUAGAAACUGGGUUGUAUCAGAAAUCAGAGAGAUAGAGAGAGAGAGAAUGAGCUUAAGUACGGCGUCGUAUGUGGCUCGGCGAGCAGCGCAGAAGGAGAGGGUUCGCAUCCUCUACCGGAAAGCUCUCAAGGAAACUCUCAAUUGGGCGGUUCACCGCCAUAUCUUUUAUUCCGAUGCUGAUGCUCUAAGAGAGAAAUUCGAGGCGAAUAAACACGUGGAGGAUAUUGAACUGAUUGAUAGAAUGAUAGCAGCUGGUGAGGCGGAGCACAACAAAUGGAGGCAUCCCGAUCCUUACAUUGGUAUGUUGAUCUAAAUGUUGAAUUAUUUUUUAUCUAGGCAUAGCGUGGAAAGUACAUUGAUGAGC